AUCUCGACAUAUUUCUCAGUCAUCGUUCCUGUUGCUCGUUCUUGGCACAACUUCGCAAGUCUGAGUUGCACGUGCUUACCCCGCCACAGCCCUUUCCGUGUUUUGUUUUCGCCCAUCAUCAUGUCUACGUCACCCGAGCGUUCUCCCCCUUCUUCAGUAUCGGACUUCAUCGACAUCAAUGGCUCAGAAAACGGGUCGGAUGCUGUGGCCUCCACCGUUGUCGAAGAAACGGCUCCCUCGGGUACGACUAUAGUUGCGGAAGACUACUACGAACACAAGGCCGUGGAAAAAGCAGAGGGAAAACCAAGCGAAACAGUUGAAGACGAUGCUAGAUCACUCAAGAGUUCGUCGCCUUCUGUUUGUGAUAGCGACAUCACUAUCACACCCCAGGACGUUGCAGGCUCGUCCGCGCCUUUCGAUCCCACUAGCUCUCACAGUUCAAGGAGGAAGAAAAACGCGCGGAAGGGCAUCAAGCCGUCUGUAUAUGACCACCCUCAGGAGGAAGGGGUAUCUUUUGCCUCGGAUGUUAUGGUCUUCGGUAGCAAGAACGAGGCGAAACGACGCGUCGUAUUUCCCGCGGAGAUGGUCGACAUGUCGUUGAACAAAUCCAUCGAUGGGAGCUUCUCCUUUCAGAAGGCGUUCGGCGAGGGAGACUUCAUCGCUGCUGGACAUCUUCAAGUUUCCAGCCAGAAGCCCGUGAAGAGCGCCAAGGACAACGCUUAUAUAUUCUAUGUCAUUGAAGGUGUUGUUAACGUCAGAAUACACCAGACAUACCAUACCGUGAGCGCUGGCGGGAUGUUCAUGGUGCCUCGAGGAAACACGUACUCCAUCGAAAACGUAUCCGACAAGCCGUCAAAGCUAGUGUUUACCCAGGCGCGCGAGUCGACCGUAUCAUCUGACGGUGAUGAUCCAAUGAGGCUGGAUCGCAAACCUCGCCUCCCACACGAAUUGACCACAUCCAAGGCUUUCAUAUUGUUAGGGUGGCUCUUUGAGCGCUUCUUGAAGCGAUUCGCAGUCUAUCGAAAGCUGUUGUUGAUUUGGUCGAUGCGGGCGCGGUUCGUGUUCCACCAACAUAUGCACGGUGGAAGAGCUUAUGCCCUCUUCUUCGUCCUCGGGCUUUUAUUGCGGAGCAUGCCCUUCCCCGGGAAGUCGAGUUUGACUCCACCGCGCAUUAACGUCCAAUUCAUACGUGACGCAUCGCGUUCAUAGUGGAUACACUAUAGGCAGAGAAUUGCUAUUCGACUCUUAGACCGACUGUAUUUUUUACUAUACCUGUAUUUACCAGUUUCUCUGAUCUUAAGAUAAAAAGUUCGCCAUUAGCAAAAAGUUCA